GGUGAUCUUAUGAUCGGAGGAGUUUUCUCCAUGAGUAGCACACGCAAACUGAGAGACAAUGACUACAAAGAAAUUCCAUAUUCAGUCUGCUCUAAGUUAAAUGACAGGGAGCUGAAGUUUGCCCGCACAAUGAUGUUUACUGUGGAGGAGAUCAACAGAGACACUAAACUGCUUCCUGGAGUAAGUCUGGGCUAUAGACUGUAUAACGGCUGUGGGAGUGAAAACCUGAUACGAGCAGCCAUAGAAGCUGUAACUAUAGAGGAUACCAGUGGCUGCAAUGGUCAGAUCCAAGCCCUCUUAGGUCAUUCAUCGUCCGGAGUAAGUGAAGACAUAAACAUCAUCCUAAGUCCGCUUUCCAUUCCACAGGUGAGCCAUCUCUCAACCUGUGCUUGUCUGAGUGACAAAAGACUGUAUCCCACAUUCUUCAGAACUGUGCCAAGUGACCGCUUCCAAAUCAUUGCUCUGGUGCAGCUUAUGAAAUACUUUAACUGGCGCUGGGUGGGGGUUAUUUACUCUGUGGGUUUGUAUGCUGAGACAGGAGUUGCUGAACUGACCAAGGAAGCAAAGAAAGAAGGCAUAUGUGUUGAAUACACUUUGCCUUUUAGUAAGACCUCUACCAAAAGGUUGACUGAUAUAGUGGACUCACUGAGGACGUCCUCAUCAAAGGUGGUCCUGUUGUUUAUGUCCUUCUAUUACACAAAGUUGUUCCUGUCAAAAAUGGAAAAUUAUAAUAUUUCUGGAAAGCAGUGGCUUGGCAGUGAGUCCUGGAUCAUGCAAGAACAGCUGGCAUCUGUUGAGAGGAAAAACAUUUUACAAGGUGCAAUGGGCUUUGCCCUCCCUGAGGCAUCCAUACCAGGUCUUGGUGAUUUCUUACUCAGCUUGAAACCUUCUGAUGAGCCAAACAGUACUAUGAUUAAAGCUUUCUGGGAGAAGUUCUUUGACUGCAGCUUUUCUCCAUCUAAUGGAUCCACUUUAUGUACUGGCUCUGAGGAUCUUAGGACCGUACACAGCGACUACACUGACGUGGCACAAUUCAGGCCUGAGAAUAAUGUGUAUAAAGCAGUGUAUCUGGUGGCGUAUGCCCUCCAUGCACUACUGCAAUGUACAAAUGGCUCAAAUCCUACAACAGGGAAGCCUUGUGUAAAUAAAAACGGAGUUGAGCCUAAGCUAGUGUUGGAACAGAUGAAAUAUGUCAAUUUUACCACACCGAAUGGAGCCAAAGUUUUCUUUGAUGAAAAUGGAGAAUCAGUUGCCCAGUAUGACUUAGUUAACUGGCAGAUGACGGAUGAUGGCUCUGUUAAAAUUGUAAACAUUGGUCAAUAUGAUACCUCUUUUCCAGAGGGAAAAAAAUUCAAACUCAAAGAUGACACAGAAGUAGUCUGGGGAGGAGACAGUGAGGAGAUUCCAAGAUCUGUCUGCAGAGAGCCGUGCCCACCUGGGACCCGUAAAGCCCUAAACAAGUUCAAGCCGGUGUGCUGCUUUGACUGCUUUGAGUGUCCCGAGGGAACAAUCAGUAACCAAACAAAUUCUCUAGAGUGUUUAACCUGCCCUCCUGAAUUUUGGCCCAAUGAAAAGAAAGAUCAGUGCCUCCCAAAGCCCACUGAAUACCUGUCUUACAAAGAGAUCAUGGGAGCUCUUUUGACUGGAUUCAGCUGUGUUGGGGUUUUUUUGUCUCUUCUGACAUCUAUCAUUUUUUUAACUCAUAAAGAGACACCCAUAGUAAAAGCCAACAACUCAGAUCUGAGCUUCCUGUUAUUAUUCUCAUUAAAGCUAUGCUUCCUGUGCUCGCUGACAUUCAUUGGACGGCCCUCUGAGUGGUCCUGCAUGCUGAGACACACAGCUUUUGGCAUCACCUUCGUUCUCUGUAUAUCCUGUGUGCUGGGGAAAACCAUAGUGGUUUUGAUGGCCUUCAGAGCUACACUUCCAGGGAGCAAAGUCAUGAAGUGGUUUGGUCCAACACAGCAGAGACUCAGUGUUCUGACUUUCACCCUCAUUCAGGUUUUGAUUUGUAUCAUCUGGCUCACAGUCAACCCUCCGUUCCCAAAGAAGAACAUGAAGUACUAUAAAGAAAAGAUCAUCUUAGAGUGCGCCCUGGGAUCAGCAGUUGGAUUCUGGGCUGUCUUGAGUUAUAUCGGACUUCUUGCUCUCUUGUGUUUCAUACUGGCUUUUCUUGCUAGGAAGCUUCCAGACAGCUUUAAUGAGGCCAAACUCAUCACAUUCAGCAUGCUGAUAUUCUGUGCAGUCUGGAUCGCCUUCAUCCCAGCAUAUGUCAGCUCUCCCGGGAAGUUCACUGUAGCUGUUGAGAUAUUUGCCAUUCUGGCAUCCAGUUUUGGUUUGCUGGUAUGCAUUUUUGUACCAAAAUGCUAUAUUAUCAUCUUCAGGCCAGAACGAAACUCAAAGAAACAUUUGAUGGGGAAAAUACCACCAAGAACUCUUUAA